AUUUUUUGUUUUUACCGUCUGAGCAAAAUUUUCAGGCAUUUAUUUUCUGUAGUUCUCCUAAGCCAGUUAAAUAUUUAUUUCGCGUGCUCCUUUUUGACAAUAACAUGGAUCUAGUAGUGGAAGGAGACAUCAAUAAUAAUAAGAAGAAUGAUGAGGAUGAGGAUGGCCAACUACAAAAGGGAGGUGGCAGCUGGACCAACUCGUUGGCAGAUGGUGUUGAAGAUGGUCUCGCUGAUGCUGGGAAUCAGCAGAUUGCUUCCAAAAAGAUUCUCAGUGUUACAGAUAUUAUUGCUAAGAACAUGGCAGAAAAUAAAGCUUUUUUGUCCCAGCUGUUAGGCAACUCAAAAAGUACAAUUUCUUUAGAUGACGAGAAAGCUGUGGAAUAUGAAUACAAUAGGCACAAACACAAGCGAAAGUUUUCAAAGGAACAGAUCAUUGAAAUAAGAAGAAACCCAGGCAGGAAGGCGAGGAGUUAUGCUGGCGAUGAGAACACUUCAGAUGAAACCACAAUUACGAGAAUGCCCCUAAAAGUGAAAUUCUCACUCGGAAAGUGGGGCUUGAAGAGUGAAGGUGCUGGAGAUGUCAGUGAAGAUUAUAACUACGAGAGUGAUGCAGAGGAAGAUGAUGAUAGAUGGGAUAAGUCUCCCUUAAAGAAACGAGUCAGGUUGUCCACACCAUUAACUGGUGUGAGGAAAGCUUCUGAGAUCACAAAAUCUGAACUGGACAGAGUCAUCUUGGAUCCGAGGAUCAAGAAAAAAUAUACCGGAUCCCAUUUGACAACAUGCCACCAAUGUCGACAGAAGACAGAUGACAUGAAAACUAUUUGUCGGUCAGGAUUUUGUAGGGGAGUGUUAGGGCAGUUUUGUGGAAUUUGUCUGUAUAAUAGAUAUGGGGAAAAUGUAAAAGAAGCUCUCCUGGAUGAUAAAUGGUCUUGUCCGGUCUGUAGAAAUGUUUGUAACUGCAGUUUCUGUCUUCCAAAAAAAGGCAAAAGUUGUACUGGCAUUUUGGUUCCAAUUGCAAGGAAACAUGGUUUCACUAAUGUCAAGUCCUUUCUUGAUAGUUUAUCUGACGGAAAGAAAUGUUCAGUGAAUAUGGAAGUUCCGGAUGAUACUUCGAAUGGUGGUAGUGUUCGCGCACAUUCUGAAUUUUGUGAUGAAGUUGAAAUCAAAAAAGAAGCACUUGAUGGUGAAAAUGAUGACGUUAAAUUGAAAGAAAAUAGGGCUAAUUUAGAUUUUUUAAGUAGUUGACCACGCUGAAACCAUUCAAUUGUUUCAACUUGUUAACAGUUUCAUAUUAUUUCUAUUUUUUGUAAAGAUGGAUGUAAUUGAACGUUUUUAGGGUUUGUGAUUUUUGUAUAUUUGCUAAUUUUAUUUAAUAAAAUGAAAAUCUUUUUAUAAU